UGAUGCGUACUGUGAAUCGCGCUUGUUGCUGAACGUCGCGAUUUCUCGGCAUGUAAACAAAGUUAACAAAGUUCAAAACACGAGAUCGCAUGCCAAAUCGUGAAGGAAACGUGAUUACGAUCGCGCCUUCCGAGACGUCUCUCUCGCAGUGCUCACGGACUUCGCACGGGCGGUUAUUGGUGGCUGUGCACGCGAAACGAUCCUACCAUGAACUCGAACGGGUUAAAGCUGCUGAAGAAGGCGGAUCCGUAUCCGCAGGGGGUGCGAUGCCAGAAGUGUCUGGAAAUGGGACACUGGAGUUAUGAAUGUAAAGGCAAGAGGAAGUAUCUGCACAGAUCUUCCCGUACCUCGCAGCUGAAGAAGGCCCUGCAGAAGCAGGAGGGUGACAAUAAUCAAGAGCAAAACAAGAAAGAAAAGAAUCAUCACAUCAAGAAGAAAAUGAGGAAGGAGGAAUCCAGCAGUUCGAGCGAAUGGAGUAGCGACAGUAGCAAGAGCAGCAAAAGUUCUACCAGUAGUGAAAGUAGUAGUAGUAGCAGCAGUUCUUCGUCGGACAGCGAAUCGGACUCUAGCGACAGUGUGUCUAGUAGCAGUAGUAGCAGUAGUAGUAAUAGCAGCAGCAGUUAUGGUUCCUACAAAGAUAAAUAGCACAGAUCGGGAAGCAAGCCUUUCCCAUCAUGCCUUUGACAAAAUGACUAUUUUAUCUGUGUAUAAUGCUAUUUUGCCUUUGAGCGGAAUAACUCAAAAGAGCAGAGAACAAGCUGAACUAGAAUAUUUGUAAAAAAAAUUCUUUAUGCCUCUCGUACAAGAUGUGUAAUUUGUCAACAGAUAUUUUUAUCUCAAUGUAGGUAUAAAAUGCAUACUUGAAAUGAAAUUUUUUAAUUAUUACUCAAUUUUUUAAUUUUACAACCUAACUACGUUAAGAUGAUUUGUUGUGUUUCUACUAUUCAGCUUUUAUAUGACAUGUAUGAUACAUAUAUAUAUCUUAUUAUACAAUAACAUUUUUCUUAUAUUAUUCUGCGUUAAUAAUAAUCUUUUUGUUGCUUUCAUAGAGGUUUUAAAAAAAAUUUGAUAUUGAAUGUAAAUGUGAAAAUUAAUUGCAUUAUAGUUAUUGUAUAGAAUAGAUAUUUAAAUAUAGUGUAUUAUUUUUGGUACUGCUGUAUGCACACUUAUAGAUAUAUAAAACAACUGUUUAUUAGAAACGUAAUAUAUUUAAUGAUAGAAUCGCAAUGAUUAUACUUGAACAACAGUAUUCAAUAGUGACAUAAAAAGUGAUAUUAAUCGUUGUCAUGCAUUACGAUACUAAUGUGUCGAUAUAAAAGUUUUGUGUGGAUAGAAAAAAAAUCGCUAUUUUAUUACGUGUAAUUCAAAUACAUAUAUAAAAAUAUAAUGUCGCUUUUUUUCGAAUCAAUCUUCGAUACCUUCGGGCAGAGUCUGCACAAUCACUUUUCUCCUCGACUCGUAAAUAAAAUUGUUCAUCUUGAAUAUGUCACUCUCGUAAAAUGAAUGUAGAUUAUGUAUAUCAAUUUGUUUCGCCUGCAAUUAUAAAAUACUGAUAUCAGCAUGA